AUAAAGAUAUUAGUUAUCAAUUUUAACAAGAUAACGCGACCGGCGAGUCACUUUUGAUUUGACAUAUUUGACCUAACCUGUAGAGGAUUUCUGGAACAUUCUUGAGAUGAUAUAAUUAUGCAAAUAGAUAUAAGUAGGAUAUAGGUGAAGUGCAGGAAUGUGAUUAGGAAAACGACAGCGCCGUGUCUCUUGUCCCAAUAUCGAUCGCCGCAACAAUUCUGCGCAGGGCACAGCCUCCUUGUUAAGGCCAAGGUACCUCCUUUUUAUUCUUAUAAUCCUAGAAAUAUAAAAAAAAUAACAUAAAUUCCACAAAUAUCCUAGUAAGUUUAGUGUUAUCCAUACAAGUUCAUUUUUAUACACUGAACUAAGCUGUAAAAUAAAAAUAUGACAAUCCCGACAUGACCUGUACCCGUCAGUUUGAUAACAAUCAGUAAUUGAACGUGUUAAUCUCACUAAAAUGUGACAACUAAGUCACCAUAUGUUAGAGAUUAAGUAUAAAUGAUGACUAAUUAUUUAUGUGAAAAAAUCAGCAUAUUGUACAAACUGUCAUACUCAAGAAUUACUACACACUUCUAUCCAAAUUAAUGAUUGUCAGUUUGUUAUAGUCCUGGUUUUCGUUUUGCUUCGCCUUAACAAUCUCUCUUACUUCAAUCAAACUUGCCCUUACCAAGUGAAGUUCUCGUUACAAUGAAACUGUCGGACUAUUAAGAUGUCAAGUGCAGGUGUGACCGUGUGAAGACGCCUUUAUCUUGUACAGUUCAGUGCGAAAUUUAAUCAUUAAAAUGGCCAGGAUGGAGUUGCCAGUCUUGGAGAAGUUCUGUUUCAUCAUCGAUCUGAGGAUAGGAUGUAUCACAAUGGGUAUUUUUAAUUCCAUAGUGACAUUGCUCCUGGCUGUCUUACUGAUCGCGUACGCGGUAGACAUGAAGGAAUUGGAUCAACUUCGCCGUGAUGAUAGCGACGCGGCUAUGUCCUCCGUCGUCUACACCAUUGUUAUACUCCUCGCUGUUCUGCUGUUGGUUAAGUUCCUUGUCGAUUUGGUGUUUGUUUACGCUGCUUAUAAGGAGAAAUGCGGGAUUAUGAAGAAGUAUUGUAUUUUCUGGAUUAUCUUCCUCGUCCUCUUCAUCAUCGCCUUCCUGAAGACCUUGUUCCAGUUGUCCGCUGGCUAUGUGAUCGCGCAGAUUCUCUUCCUGGCCGAAAACUUUUACUGCAUCAUAGUAAUGCGCAGCUACCUCUUAUCAAUUAAUGAAGAUGGCGUUCUUUAAAAACAACAUCUGUUUCAUUUCACCCUGCGAAAAAGAAAGAGAGAAAAGAUGUUAUUCUGCCAACACAAAAUGUAACAUAGUCGUGUUAGCUACGUAAGUAGUUUGCAAAUGUUUAUGUCUAGUAUAAUUUAUCUUAAUUCUAAAAAUACUAUAUAGUCGGAGAAUAUAAAAAACAAAGAUAGCAUUUGUGUUGCUUUUUUAAUGAUUUAUGUCACAACUCUGCGAUUAUUUAAUGCAAACAUCAUUAUAAAGGGGGAACAUA